UUUGGACGCUUCUGGAACGACACGGUUCAACCACCUCGGUAGCUUGCUAGCCGACAAGAGUAGAAACAUUGAAGCUCUGAUUUAGACCAUGUUUGUGUAGCUUCACAAAUCCACCCCAGUGAUUUAAACACAGUUCUGUUAACGUAUCUAUUCAUUUAAACGUAAUUUGCUUGUUAAAUUUGCUAAUGUGUUAUCGAGCCGAGCACUAGGGUAGUCGCUAAUGAUAGCUAGCUAGCUAGCAUCCCGACACAACUGAGCUCACAAAGCUACUCUCCUCCUGCUAAUGAAGAGGAGGACUGCUGGACGGAGAAAGCAGCUCUGGGGAUGAACAUUGUCAUUAAAGAAGAAGAGGAGGAUAUUACAGUGAUAGGAACGRAAGAAGCGUGUCGAAUUAAAAGGGAGGAAGAGGAGGAGGAGAUAGAGGCUGUCACAGUGGAAGAGAUGGGAGGGAUAGAGGCUGUCACAGUGGAAGAGAUGGAAGGGUUAGAGGCUGUCACAGUGAAAGAGGAAGAGGGGAUAGAGGCUGUCAUAGUAGAAGAGAUGGGAGGGAUAGAGGCUGUCACUGUGAAAGAGGAAGAGGGGAUAGAGGUUGUCAUAGUGGAAGAAGGGGAGGUAGAAGCUUUCAGAAUGAAAAAUGAGAUAGAGGAGGAUAUCACAUUGAAAGAAGAAGACCCUUUUGUAGUGAAAGAGGAGGAGACUGAAGAUCCGAUUAACACCAAUCCAAAAACGUGGCAAUAUUCCGCUUCCUGGCCCUCCCAGGGCUCUACAGUGAAGGAGGACAUCAGAAAGGUACAGGAAGUAUCUAAUGUGACACCCGCGAGUCCCAGACAGUUUGGUGGUGAUGACGAUUCUAUUCACUGCGACAAAGAAUGGGACGUGAAAGACAAGGAUUGGUUUCCAAGCAACAGGCUGAAGGCGGAGUCAUCUCCAGAGAGCCACACCCCAGAGCAGAGGGGGAGUGGUGACAUGUCUUUCCCUCUCCCAGGGUCCCCAGGUCGUGUCUCUCCCACGGUUGCCUUACUGUGGGGUCUGAAGAGGGUGUCUGUGCGGCUGGUGGACUGCAGGAAAACACCGGGUCUGAGUGGAACUGUGAGAGGAGAAGAAGAGGGAGAUUCAGAUUCAGGUAAGAACAGUGGAUUAGACCACAAUCUGCUUCUGUUACAGUUCUGUG